UUUGUUGUUGUGAAAAUUGCAAACAUGAUGUACUGAAAUAUUAUUUUUUUGAAAAAUAUUGCAAACAUUCGAACAACAACAAGAAUUUGUACUGAAAUAUAUUUGAUAUAUAUGUCCACUUGAGCAUUCAAUUCAUCAAACACUGACCUACAAAAAUGGUGGUAGCCAUAGGGUUUGAGGGGAGUGCCAAUAAACUGGGAGUUGGCAUUGUGAAGAAUGGGGAGGUGCUGUCUAAUCCCCGAGAUACCUACAUCACCCCACCUGGACAAGGAUUUUUACCGCGUGACACGGCCAAGCACCAUCAAGCUGUUGUUCUCGAUGUUCUACAAAAGGCCCUCAAGCAGGCAAACCUCUCCCCAGAGGAUAUUGAUGUCAUAUGCUACACUAAAGGUCCAGGAAUGGGAGCCCCGCUGGUGUCGACUGCUCUCGUGGCCCGGACUGUAGCCCAGCUCUGGAACAAACCCAUUGUGGCUGUCAACCACUGUAUUGGACACAUAGAGAUGGGAAGACUAGUGACAGGCGCUACCAACCCAACUGUGCUUUAUGUGAGUGGCGGGAACACACAGGUGAUAGCGUACCUCCAGCGACGAUAUAGAAUAUUUGGAGAAACCAUCGAUAUAGCUGUCGGCAACUGUCUCGACCGGUUUGCAAGAGUCCUGAAGUUAUCGAACGAUCCAAGUCCAGGGUAUAACAUUGAACAGAUGGCAAAAAGAGGAAGCAAGUUUCUGGAGCUGCCGUAUGCUGUGAAAGGCAUGGAUGUCUCUUUCUCCGGGCUCCUGUCAUUCAUAGAAGAGAAGGCCCCAGGUUUAAUAGAGAGUGGAGAAUACACGGGCGAGGAUCUGUGUUUCUCCCUGCAGGAGACAGUGUUUGCCAUGCUCAUCGAGAUUACAGAGCGUGCCAUGGCCCACUGUGGAUCACAGGAGGUUCUCAUUGUGGGCGGAGUUGGAUGCAACAAACGACUCCAGGAGAUGAUGGGCAUAAUGGCGGAAGAGAGAGGGGCAAAAUUGUACGCCACAGAUGAGAGUUUCUGUAUAGACAAUGGGGCCAUGAUAGCUCAGGCUGGGGCACUCAUGUACCAGUCAGGCCAGACAACUCCUUUAAAAGAAACUUCCUGUACUCAAAGAUUCCGCACAGAUGAAGUAGAAGUGACAUGGAGAGACUGACCCCCCCCCCCCCCCCACACACACACAAAAGUGUACAUCUGACAUUAGUUAAGCGUACCCCACAUGUACAUCAGGAAUAUGCACUAGAUCUGACUCCAUCCAUUGUGUUCAUAUCAUAGACAACUGGUGUGUCUUAGGAGUUUUAUACAUGCCUGUUACCCAUUGUUUUUUUU